AUGGCCAGGACUCUCACCCCACUGCUCUUACUCCCUCUCAUAGUCACGCUACAUUUCCUCUCCGCCACCGCCAACGUCCAGCCGCGCAAUCCCCAGGACCCUCUGGGUAACUACAACGACGGCAGCGGAGCGCCAACCGGCAACGCUAUCGGACAGCAACCCAAGAACAGUAACACCGGUAACCAGCAGGUGUCGCUGGGCCGCCCGGGCACGGGCAGCCUGCAGGUGGACGGCGAUCUGCCGGGCGGUGUGGCGCCUGGUGGGGAUCAAGCGAUGGCGGAAGCUCCGGCUUCGUCUCCCUCGCCUGCUUGCACCGCCUCGCCGCUGAGGGGUUACACGUCGCGAGUGUUCAUCAAGCCUAGCUGGAUCUCCCUGCAUUGGGCUGUGAUCAACGGCUCGCAAGUGAACAUCGCGAUCGUCGCGAAGGUGGGCAGCGGCGCCGCCAAGGGCUGGUUCGGGCUGGGGUUCAGCAACAGCGGCGCCAUGGCGCCGGCCGAUGCGGUUAUCGCGAACACGGACGACGUGCCGAUUGCGGCGUACAACAUCCUGGGCUACGGGCCGCAGGACGUGGUGCGCACGGAUACCUUCAACAUCGGCGCCAAUGCCAGCGUGGUUAUGGCCAACGGGCGCACGGUCAUCAAGUUUAGCCGCUUCGCGGGCGACGGAACGGUCCCUAUCAACUUCAGCGGGCUGAACACGCUCAUCUGGGCGCACGACUUGUUCGGCAACAAGACCAUCGGCUAUCACUUCCAGAAACAGGGCUCGCUGGUCGUUGACUUCUCGUGCGUGGGCACUGACUAUGUCACCGGCCCCAUUGACCCAGCCGUGCCAGGAUCGCCGCAAACCCCCGUCCCUGGCGGCAACACGCUCUGCCCCGCCUCCUCCCUCGCGGGCUAUGCCUACUCUCUCCCUCUCGAAGGCGACAGCUUCCGCCUGCAUUGGAGCCCCCCCGUGGCCAACCAGGUUAACGUCGCAUUGGAGGCCGCAGCAGGGAGCGAUGUGGCUGGUGGGUGGAUGUCGCUCGGGUGGUCGCGCUCCGGCAGCAUGGUUCCCGCUGACGCUGUUAUCGGCAACCUUGCCAACGGCGCCGUGCGCGCGUUCUACCUGACGGGUUACCGUCGCUGGAUGGUGCAGCAGACGAGCGCCUUCUCCGUUGGAAUCACAAGCGUCAGCAAAUCUCAGAAAGGAUCGCUCGUGGUCAAGUUCACGCUCACUGGUGGCGUGGGCAACGUCCCUCUCGACUUUACUGGAUCGAAUCGUCUUAUCUGGGCCCAUUCUGUUGGAGGGUCCCAGGUCCUUAGCUACCACGGCAGCAACUUUGGCGAUCUCACACUUGAUUUCAACUGCAAGACGGCUCCUAGUAACUCUGGCUCGUCUGGAGGGAGUGACUACUUCGACGAUGAUGAGGCGAGGAAGGAGGACAGGAAGGCUGCUCGCAGACAAGUUUGGAAUGGGUUUUGGUCGGGAUUCUGGUCCGGCAUGGUCGGCGGUGGAAACUAA